CCUAAAGGCCCCAGGGAACUACAACUCCCGGCAUGGCCCGCGACCGACCGCCUACCCUCAGGGAGGAGGGGAAAGCGGAGCUGGAGCCGUUGGAACUACACAUCCCAGAAUACCAUGGGCCCCAGGCCCAUAUGGGGGACAUGAUAUCAUGCUGGGGUGGAGAGGGAGGAUGAAUUGGCGGCGGGGAUGAAUUUGAGCGGACGGAAGGAGGCGUUCAGAGAGGAAAGGGAGGAAAAGGAAAGACGACCACAGUUCCCAUCAUGCCUGGGGAGGGGAGAGUAUAUCUCCCAUGAUUCCCCGGGAAGGGGCGUGAGGACGAAGAAAGACUGCAAGUCCCGCGAUGCUCUUGGCGGGCAGGUGCCGGAGAUUGAACCGGAAGACGCUUCCUGGGUGUAUGGAGUUCAGUGACUGUUUUUGAGCAACCAAAAGUCCAAUAUGAAACUGUAUUGCCUGUCCGGGCACCCAACCUUACCAUGCAAUGUGCUCAAAUUCAAAUCAACCACGAUUAUGUUGGACUGCGGACUAGACAUGACUUCCACCCUCAAUUUCCUUCCUUUGCCACUUGUUCAAAGUUCCAGGCUGUCUAAUCUUCCUGGCUGUCGCUGCUGAAGAUGGCUAAUGCUUCUUGGACAAGGAGCUAAAGGAGUGCUCGGGUCAUGUAUUUGUGGAUUCUGUGCCUGAAUUCUGUUUACCAGAGACUGAACUAAUAGAUCUGUCUACAGUGGAUGUGAUUCUCAUCUCUAACUAUCACUGUAUGAUGGCGCUGCCCUACAUCACCGAGCACACUGGAUUCUCAGGCACAGUGUACGCCACAGAACCCACUGUUCAGAUCGGCAGGCUUCUCAUGGAAGAGCUGGUGAAUUUCAUUGAAAGAGUGCCAAAGGCUCAGUCUGCCUCCUUGUGGAAGAAUAAGGACAUACAGAGGCUGCUGCCGUCUCCUCUCAAGGAUGCCGUGGAAGUGUCAACCUGGAGAAGGUGCUAUACGAUGCAAGAGGUGAACUCUGCCCUUAGCAAAAUCCAGCUGGUGGGAUAUUCUCAGAAAAUUGAGCUCUUUGGUGCAGUCCAGGUGACUCCUCUCAGCUCUGGCUAUGCCCUUGGAAGCUCCAACUGGAUUAUCCAGUCUCAUUACGAGAAAGUAUCUUACGUCUCUGGAUCCUCCCUGCUUACCACACAUCCCCAGCCAAUGGACCAAGCUUCCCUCAAAAACAGUGAUGUUCUCGUUUUGACGGGGCUUACGCAGAUUCCCACUGCAAACCCCGAUGGCAUGGUGGGGGAGUUCUGCAGCAACCUAGCUCUGACAGUCCGGAAUGGAGGAAACGUGUUGGUUCCUUGCUACCCUUCUGGAGUGAUCUAUGACCUCCUGGAAUGCCUGUAUCAGUACAUCGACUCCGCGGGGCUCUCCAGCGUCCCCCUGUACUUCAUCUCCCCCGUGGCGAACAGCUCACUUGAGUUUUCCCAGAUUUUCGCUGAGUGGCUUUGUCACAACAAACAGAGCAAGGUGUAUCUCCCAGAACCACCCUUUCCUCAUGCAGAGCUCAUUCAGACCAAUAAGCUGAAACACUACCCCAGCAUCCACGGAGACUUCAGCAAUGAUUUCCGACAGCCGUGUGUGGUGUUCACUGGGCACCCUUCCCUGCGGUUUGGGGACGUGGUCCACUUCAUGGAGCUCUGGGGAAAGUCAAGUCUCAACACUGUCAUAUUCACAGAACCAGACUUCUCCUACCUGGAGGCCCUGGCUCCCUACCAGCCGUUGGCCAUGAAGUGCAUAUACUGCCCCAUCGACACGAGGCUGAACUUCAUCCAGGUGUCCAAGCUGCUUAAAGAAGUGCAGCCCCUGCACGUGGUCUGUCCUGAGCAGUACACCCAGCCUCCCCCAGCCCAGUCCCACAGGACAGACCUCGUGAUCGACUGCCAGCCUCCGGCCACAUCCUAUCGGCGGGCCGAGGUCCUCACCCUGCCCUUCAAGCGCCGCUACGAGAGGAUCGAGAUCAUGCCGGAGCUCGCAGACUCGCUGGUGCCCAUGGAGAUCAAGCCCGGCAUCUCCUUGGCAACCGUCUCGGCCGUGCUGCACACGAAAGACAACAAGCACGUUCUUCAGCCCCCUCCCAGGCCCGCCCAGCCCACGAGCGGUAAGAAGAGAAAGCGGGUGAGCGAUGACGUUCCCGACUGCAAAGUUUUGAAGCCUUUGCUGAGCGGCUCCAUCCCGGUGGAGCAGUUCGUGCAGACCUUAGAGAAGCACGGCUUCAGCGACAUUAAGGUGGAAGACACCGCCAAGGGCCACAUCGUCCUGCUCCAGGAGGCCGAGACACUCAUCCAGAUUGAGGAAGAUUCCACCCACAUCAUCUGUGACAAUGACGAGAUGCUCAGGGUGCGACUGCGGGACCUGGUGCUCAAGUUCUUACAGAAGUUCUGAGGGGACCUCUGAGCCCUCCCACCUGCCUGGACUCCUGCAGCCCCUCCCUGCCCGGCACAAGCCCCCGAGGAAGGGACGAGAGGCUGCUGGCCGUGUCUUCGCAGCGUCCUCUGGCUUAAGGAAUGAAGAGUGGCUCUUGAGGGAACGAAUCUGGAGUGAGGGCCAGGAUCCUGGUCUGGAGUCCUCAAACCGGUUCAGGCAAGAACUCUACCUUUUAACUUUGGGCUCAUCGUUGUCGUCUUGACUCCAGCUCUCUUGAGGAGCCGCGGGGCAGCGUGAGUGUGACAGAAGCAGCUUUCCAAGAGGCCAGUGGUGGCCGGGGAAUUGAAAAGAUGACCAGCGUGUUGUCUCAUGUGGCCUGUGUUUGUUUUCGUGGUGCGCAGGCCUUGGGCAGGGAAACUGGUCU